UGGUAAGCAGAUCGUAGCGAGAUCGUAACGAUGCCGGAGGGGGCACGCUGGGCCAAGAUCCUAAAUGAGCAGCGCCAGACAGAGGUGAAGCAGAAGGGUGCCCACACCAGCGAGCGCUGCCAGUGCGGCGGCGACAUCUACUUCAUGGGCCGCUACAGCUCCGGGCCGCCCACCGGCAACGGCUGUUACGAGGCUGACGAGUACAAGUGCGCCGGCUGCCUGCGGGAAUGGACCGGACACGUCAACACCAGGCACGACUGAGGAGGGACAGCUGGCCGCCGCGUCUACCGCGUCAUUUGACUGCGCUGCUUGGAAUGAAGGCCGGCGCCUGGCGUGAUUGACGGCCGGCGGGGCGCGUGUGGUUUGGCACCCAGAGGUCAGUCUAUAUGGAUGCGGAUUAUAAUUGAAGGGACAGCCCGACAAGCGGGGGCACGCCGUACCCACGCCGUGAAGGGCCAUCCGGUCUAUAUGGUACCGGAUGUGCAAGCAAAGUAAGGUCA